AUGUCGGAGCUCAAAGGGAACUCGAACAAUACUCUUUUCUCUCCUUACAAGAUGGGCAGAUUCGAUCUCUCUCAUCGAGUGGUUUUGGCGCCGAUGACGCGGUGCAGGGCAUUGAACGGCGUUCCAAACGCGGGUUUGGCGGAGUAUUACGCUCAACGCACCACUCCCGGUGGAUUUCUCAUCACCGAAGGCACCAUGAUCUCUCCCGAAUCCGCAGGGUUCCCACAUGUGCCUGGAAUCUAUACGGAUGAACAAGUAGAAGCAUGGAAGCAAGUUGUUGAAGCUGUUCACGCCAAAGGAGGUUUCAUUUUCUGUCAGUUAUGGCAUGUUGGACGAGCUUCACAUUCACUGUAUCAACCUAAUGGAGGAUCACCAAUCUCGUCAACGGACAAACCCCUCUCGGAAAGGUGGCAAGUUUUGUUGCCUGAUGGGUCUCACGGGAAAUACCCGAAACCGCGCCGUUUAGAAGCUUCUGAGAUACCUCAAGUAGUUGAUGAUUAUCGCAAGUCGGCUAUGAAUGCGAUUCGAGCUGGUUUCGAUGGGAUCGAGAUCCACGGAGCGCAUGGUUACCUCAUUGAUCAGUUCUUGAAGAAUGGGAUCAAUGACCGUACUGACCAAUAUGGUGGCUCUAUUCCUAACCGAUGCAGAUUCUUACUUCAGGUAGUGAAAGGUGUGGUUUCAGCCAUAGGAGCUAGUAAAGUCAGUGUGAGGAUGUCUCCGGCAAUAGACCACCUUGACGCAACUGAUUCUGACCCAUUAUCCCUCGGGCUAGCCGUGGUUGACUUGCUCAAUAAGUUACAAAACGAGAAUGGUUCGAAGCUCGCUUACCUUCAUGUAACACAGCCUCGUUAUUAUGCCGUAAAAAACGAGUCUGGAAAGCAAAGCAGCGAUGAGGAAGAAGCUAAGCUAAUGAAAAGUUUGAGAAUGGCUUACAAUGGAACUUUUAUGUCUAGUGGAGGAUUCGACAAGAAACUUGGUAUGCAAGCUGUUCAACAAGGGGAUACUGAUUUGGUUUCCUACGGCAGACUGUUUAUCGCUAACCCGGAUUUGGUUUCACGGUUCAAGAUUGAUGCCAAGCUGAAUAAAUAUGAUAGGAAGACGUUUUAUACUCAAGAUCCAGUCCUUGGCUACACGGAUUAUCCUUUCUUGGCACCCAUUUCCCGUCUCUGA